AUGGCCAGCCUGGAGGUGCUCCGUGGCGGCGGCAACAAGAAUAUCCACGGCGCGCUCCCCACGGAGAUCGGGGACUGUUCCAGCCUCACCAUGCUCGGCCUCGCCGAGACAAGCAUCACCGGCCCGCUCCCGGCGAGUCUCGGCCGGCUCAAGAACCUCACCACGCUGGCCAUCUACACGACGCUGCUCUCCGGCCCGAUUCCGGCGGAGCUCGGCCGGUGCAGCAGCCUGGAGAACAUUUACCUCUACGAGAACGCGCUGUCCGGGUCCAUCCCGGCACAGCUCGGCGGGCUCAAGAAGCUCAAGAACCUGCUGCUGUGGCAGAACCAGCUCGUCGGCAUCAUCCCGCCGGAGCUCGGGUCGUGCAGCGAGCUCACUGUGAUUGACCUGUCGCUCAACGGGCUCACUGGCCGCAUCCCGGCCUCGCUCGGGAAGAUUUCCUCGCUGCAGGAGCUGCAGCUCAGCGCGAACAAGCUCUCCGGCACGGUGCCCCCGGAGCUCGCUCGGUGCAGCAACCUCACCGACCUGGAGCUCGACAAUAACCAGAUCACGGGCGCCAUCCCUGCCGAGCUCGGCGGCCUCCCAGCGUUGCGCAUGCUGUACCUGUGGGCCAACCAGCUGACCGGAACCAUCCCGCCGGAGCUCGGCCAGUGCACCAGCCUCGAGGCGCUCGACCUGUCCACCAAUGCUCUUACCGGGCCGAUCCCACCGUCGCUCUUCCGGCUUCCACGGCUAUCUAAGCUGCUGGUCAUCAACAACCAACUUUCCGGCCAGUUGCCGCCGGAGAUUGGCAACUGCACGUCCCUUGACCGGUUCCGGGCAAGCGGCAACCACAUCACCGGCGCAAUACCGCCGGAAAUCGGCAUGCUUGGGAGUCUCAGUUUCCUGGACCUCGGCUCAAACCGGCUCUCCGGCUACCUCCCGGCAGAGAUAUCCGGGUGCCGGAACCUCACCUUCCUCGAUCUCCACGAUAAUGCCAUCGCCGGCGUGCUGCCGACGGGAAUCUUCAAAGAGUUGCUCUCUCUCCAGUACCUCGACCUCUCCUACAAUGCCAUCCGCGGCGCGCUCCCUUCAGACAUCGGAAUGCUCACUUCGCUAACGAAGCUCGUCCUCAGCGGCAAUCGGUUGUCCGGGCCGAUACCACCGGAAAUCGGCUCAUGCUCCCGCCUCCAGCUCCUCGAUGUUGGCGGCAACUCGCUGUCGGGUCACAUACCGGGGAGCAUCGGCAAGAUUCCGGCGUUGGAGAUCACCCUUAACCUCAGCUGCAACAGCUUCUCUGGCACGAUGCCGGCGGAGUUCGCUGGGCUCGUGAGGCUCGGGGUGCUCGACGUCUCGCACAACCAGCUCUCCGGCGAUCUCGAGACGCUGUCCGCGCUCCAGAACCUCGUGGCGCUCAAUGUCUCCUUCAACGGCUUCUCCGGGCGGCUGCCGGAGACGGCGUUCUUCGCGAAGCUGCCGACGAGCGACGUCGAGGGCAACCAGGCGCUCUGCCUCUCGCGGUGCCCAGGUGAUGCCAGCGACCGCGAGCUCCAGGCGCGCCGCACCGCUCGUGUCGCGAUGGCCGUGUUGCUCUCCGCCCUCGUUGUCCUCCUCUUGGCCGCGGCGCUCGUCCUGUUCGGGUGGCGCCGGCGCGGUGUGCGCACCAGCGGAGACGAGAAGGGCGGUGAGAUGUCGCCUCCGUGGGACGUCACGCUGUACCAGAAGCUUGACAUCGGUGUCGCCGAUGUGGUUCGCAGCCUCACUCCGGCGAACGUGAUCGGCCACGGGUGGUCCGGCGAGGUGUACCGCGCGAACGUCCCGUCAACAGGGGUCACGAUCGCCGUCAAGAAGUUCCAGUCGUGCGACGAGGCGUCCGUCGAGGCGUUCGCGUGCGAGGUGAGCGUGCUCCCGCGUGUCCGCCACCGCAACAUAGUCCGGCUUUUGGGAUGGGCGUCCAACCGGCGGACGCGCCUCCUCUUCUAUGAAUACCUCCCGAACGGCACCCUCGGCGGCCUUCUGCACGGAGCUGGCGCGACCAGCGCCGCUGUGGUGGAGUGGGAGGUGCGGCUCGCGAUCGCGGUCGGCGUGGCCGAGGGCCUGGCGUACCUCCACCACGACUGCGUGCCAGGGAUCAUCCACCGUGAUGUCAAGGCCGACAACAUCCUCCUCGGCGACCGCUACGAGGCUUGCCUCGCCGACUUCGGCCUGGCCCGUGUUGCCGAUGACGGCGCCAACUCCUCGCCUCCGCCGUUCGCCGGAUCCUAUGGCUACAUCGCUCCCGAGUAUGGAUGUAUGACCAAGAUCACAACCAAGAGCGACGUGUACAGCUUCGGCGUGGUGCUGCUGGAGAUGAUCACCGGGCGGCGCACGCUGGACGCGGCGUUCGGCGAGGGGCAGAGCGUGGUGCAGUGGGUGCGCGACCACCUCUGCCGGAAGCGUGACCCAGCGGAGAUCGUCGACGCGAGGCUGCAGGGCCGGCCGGACACGCAGGUCCAGGAGAUGCUGCAGGCCCUCGGCAUCGCUCUGUUGUGCGCAAGCCCGCGGCCGGAGGACCGGCCGACCAUCAAGGACGUGGCGGCGCUGCUACGCGGCAUCCGGCAUGAGGACGGCGGUGAUGCACGGAAGGCCGGGAACAAUGGAGGCGGGAGCGAGACGGAGGCCACGAAGAGAGCCGAUCCAAAGAAGCCCAUCUCGCCAACAAAACUGAUGGCUCUCACUAGACCGGUCCAAACCCAGGCCCAGGUCCAGGCCCGAGCGAGCUCGGGUUCGUUGGGCCUACUCAACGACCGUGAGUGAUGAUAGCCUCAGCUCUCAGGUGACUGUCCCCACUAGCAGUG